AUGGGUCUCCUGUCGCUGGGAACGCCCUACGAGUGGAAAGACGCGGCCCAGUACGCCGCGCACGUGCGCAAAAACGGAAUCGAGCAACUCAUCAACAUCUACAAUGCUCACAAGGACAAAAAAACCACCCAGCUGUUGUGGGGAGACGAGGUGGAAUACAUGGUGGUGAAGAUGGACGAUAAGAAGAAGCAGGCCCUUCUGAGUCUCAACCAGGAGCUGAUCCUCGAUCGACUGACCGCCCAGGAAGAGAAGGGUCUUCUCAAUGACGACAAUGUGUCGUUCCACCCUGAAUAUGGCCGGUAUAUGUUGGAGGCUACUCCCGCACGACCCUACACCGGUGACUUCGACGACAUUCUGCGUGUGGAAGGCAACAUGCUUGCACGUCGACGAAUUGCACAGUCGUCGAUGGCCGAUCGAGAGUUCCCUGUCACCCUGACCUCGUACCCUCGAUUGGGAGCUCCUGGUCAGUUCACUUCGCCUUAUUACGAGCCCAAGGGUGCCGCAUCUCGAUCGCUGUUCCUUCCCGACGAAAUUAUUAACACCCAUGUUCGAUUCCCCACUCUGACAGCCAACAUCCGACGACGACGAGGAGAGAAGGUGGCCAUUAAUAUUCCUGUUUACAAGGACGAGAAGACCAUGGAGCCCUUCAAUGACCCCACCAUCCCCCAUGAGCGAAACCUGUUCCCAAAGGAAGAUGCCGAGGCCAAGACUGCAGCUCUGGUUGACCACAUCUACAUGGACUCCAUGGGUUUCGGAAUGGGAUGCUCUUGUUUGCAGAUCACUUUCCAGGCCACCGACAUCCACGAGGCCCGGAAGCUCUACGAUCAGCUGACUCCUCUCACUCCCAUUCUGCUUGCUCUCUCUGCAUCUUCGCCAGCCUACAGAGGUUACCUUUCUGACCAGGAUGUUCGAUGGAACGUCAUCUCCGCAUCCGUUGAUGACCGACGACGGUCUGAGCGAGGUCUCGAGCCUCUCAAGGAAGGCGAGCAGUUCAUUUCCAAGUCGCGAUACGAUUCCAUUGAUCGUUACAUUGGAGAGGACUUGUUGGAAGAUAAGGCUCGAGCAGCUCAUCUCAACGACACUGACAUUGCCAUUAACGAUGAGCUGAAGAACGACCUGGAGAAGGCUGGUUUUGACGAGCUGUUGGCAGACCAUUUCGGUCAUUUGUUCAUCCGAGACCCGAUUGUCGUCUUCUCGGAGCGACUGGAGCAAGACAACGAGAACGACAGUGACCACUUUGAGAAUAUCCAGUCCACCAACUGGCAGACGAUGCGGUUCAAGCCACCGCCACCAAACUCGUCCAUUGGCUGGCGAGUGGAGUUCCGGCCCAUGGAGAUCCAGAUCACCGACUUUGAGAACGCUGCAUUUGCCAUUUUCGUGGUUCUGCUUACUCGAGUCAUAAUAUCCUACAACCUGUCUCUCCUCAUUCCCAUCUCACUGAUUGAUGAGAACAUGAAGCAGGCUCAUGCUCGAAACGCCUGUCGAGAAGCAAAGUUCUGGUUCAAGAAGGACUUGUCAGACGUGAAGUCACGGGAGUAUGCCAAGAUGUCUGUUGACGAGAUCAUCAACGGAUGCGAUGGCUUUAUCGGUCUGGUCCCUCUGAUCAGACGAUACCUGCACCAGAUGGGUCUUAACGUCGAUACCAUGUGUCGAUUGGGCCGAUACCUGGACCUUGUGUCUCAGCGAGCAUCUGGAAAGCUUGAGACGAACGCUACCUGGAUCCGAAACUUCAUCAGAAAGCACCCCGACUACAAGAACGACUCUGUGGUUUCGGCGGAGAUCAAUUACGAUCUGGUUGCCGAGGUCGAGAAGCUCUCCCGGGGCGAGGACUGGAAUGGCAUUGGAAAGGGUAUUCUUGGAGGUUUUGAGUACGAGAAGGAGUAG